AUGAGCCAGACCCCUCAGUCUGUCCCUCUCCCCUCCGAGGCACCCUUUCCCCGUUGGGCAGAUUCGAGCCGCAGCUCCAGCGCCCGCAUCCCAGAAAAAAGCCAGGGGCGGAGCCGCCUCUGCACCGGGAACAGGUCUGAGCCGCGCCUCCAGCCCGGAGAGGGCGCGGGNGUCUCGGACGCGCCCCCGACCCGGGCGCCCACGCCGGACUUCUGCCGGGGUUACUUCGAUGUCAUGGGCCAGUGGGACCCGCCGUUCAACUGCAGCUCGGGCGACUUCAUCUUCUGCUGCGGGACUUGUGGCUUCCGGUUCUGCUGCACGUUUAAGAAGCGGCGCCUGAACCAGAGCACCUGCACCAACUACGACACUCCGCUCUGGCUCAACACCGGCAAGCCCCCGGCGCGCAAGGACGACCCCCUGCACGACCCCACCAAGGACAAGACCAACCUGAUCGUUUACAUCAUCUGCGGGGUGGUGGCCGUCAUGGUGCUCGUAGGCAUCUUCACCAAGCUAGGACUGGAGAAAGCGCACCGACCCCAGAGGGAGCACAUGUCCAGGGCCCUUGCAGAUGUCAUGAGGCCGCAGGGCCACUGCAACACCGACCACAUGGAGAGAGACCUCAACAUCGUGGUCCACGUGCAGCAUUAUGAGAACAUGGAUACUAGAACCCCCAUAAAUAAUCUUCGUAAGUAG